UUCAAAGAGCGCUCUUUUAGACCAUUAAAUGACAUCAUCACUUGACUUUAUUGAAACAUGAAUUAAUGAUUCAUCAUUCUCUCUUCACGUCUUCAAUACUUGCUUCCGAUUGUUUACGAUUACUUUAUUGGUAUCAUAAUACAUCAUCGGUACUUUAAAGCCUUUAAUCAACAAAAUAAUGUCAGAAUAUGCUGGCACAUUUCUACAAUGAAUUAUUUUAUUUCCUAGAUUCCGUCUUUCUGACACUACAAUAUCCUCUGGAGUGCAAUCCGAACUCACUGUAAUGUCUGUUGGUAGAGCGGAUUCUGCUCUUUACACUUGUAUAGCCUCUAACGAUUAUGGUCAAGAUGACACUAACAUUCAGUUAAUCGUUCAAGAAAUACCCGAUCCACCUCGGGAUAUACAAGUGGUAGAAACCAGUGGACGUCAAGUAACAAUUGCCUGGGAACCCCCAUUUAGUGGCAACAGUUUAAUAACGCAGUACAUUAUCCACCUUCGAGAAAACGCGAGUCAUGCUGAGAAUUGGAUCAACGAAACGGUUGCAGGUACAGAAACUUCUACUAUAUUGAAUAACUUGAGUCCAGCUACUGUUUAUCAGCUCCAUCUGGUAGCGGAGAAUGCCAUUGGAAGAAGUGGUUUUGGACAGAAAGUCAUCUUUCAGACAGAAGAAGAAGUUCCAGAAGGACCACCUUCUAUGGUUAGAGCCGAAAGCACGAGUUCACAGUCUCUUAGGAUCAGUUGGGAACCACCACCAAGAAGACUUCGAAAUGGUCACAUUAAAGGCUAUUACGUGGGUUAUAAAGAGAGUAACACAUCCGAAUCAUUCCAAUACAAAACUAUUGACGUUGCAACCGAUGAUGAUUCAACGGUCGUCUGUGAUUUAAAAGAUCUAAAAAAAUAUAGCUACUAUACAAUAGUAGUUCAGGCUUUUAAUAAAAUUGGUGCCGGUCCAAGAUCUGAUCCUAUUGUGCGAAUGACUUUUGAAGAUGUUCCAAGUUUGCCACCGAAACAAGUGGAAUGCCUUCCGUUAUCUUCUCAAAGUAUUAAAGUCACGUGGUCACCUCCUCCCAUGACGGCGAUCCAUGGUCAACUGCUAGGACAUAAAGUCGUUUAUAGAGCUAUUGAUGAUUGGCUAAGCAUAGACGAUCAAGAAAAAAUCGUUCAAAUGCCAGAUGGUGAAACAGAUCUUAAAAAUUUGGAAAAAUUUGCCAAUUAUUCGAUAUCAGUUCUGGCUUACACUGGUAGAGGUGAUGGCAUCAUUAGCGAUCCAGUAUUUUGCAGGACUCUAGAAGACAUUCCAUCUCCACCAGAAGAUAUCAAAGCCAUGCCAAUGCUGCCGGAUGCCAUAUUGGUAAGCUGGCUUCCUCCCAUCCGUCCAAACGGUUUGCUUCAACAAUAUACUUUGUAUCAAAGAGUCACUACAGGUGACAGUCAAGAUACCAAACGGCACGUCAUUUCUCCCUUCCAAUUAUAUUAUGAAGCUCUUAGAUUAAAUAGAGAAAGACGCUACGAAUUCUGGGUAACAGCGUCCACUUUAGCGGGGGAGAGUGAAGCUACUCGAGUCUUAUCACAAACAACUUCUGAUACAAUACCUGCUAGGAUAGCUUCUUUCUCUCGUCAUUUGUCAAUUAAGAGAAAAGCAACCCUGAACAUUCCUUGCAAGUCUGUAGGAAUCCCAACACCGGAAAAAAUUUGGACAUUCAGAUUCGUUUCAGUGCUACCCGCACCCGCUGUGUUGAAUGUAGUCGGUGCCACCACAACAUCCCUGCAAUUAAGAUGGGAACAUAAUUCCAAAUAUCUCUCUACCAAGAUAAAAGGUUAUGUGCUUAAAUUUAGACGCGAAUUUGGUCAAGUGGAAGAAGUGAAGAUUCUGUCACGUGGAAAUUCUUAUACACUAGAAAAUCUUCAGUGUGGAACUAAAUAUUUUCUUUACCUUGCUGUAUUGGCCAGAGGUGGGGAAGGUGAACCUAGCGAGACAGUUUCUGGGAAAACUGAAGGAAAACCUCCCGUCGCUCCUAGUAAAGAAAUGUUUAUAGUAACGAAUUCAACGUCUUUCACUUUACUAUUGAAUUCUUGGGAUGAUGGAGGUUGUCCCAUCAAGUCAUUCGUCAUUCGUUAUAAGAGACUUCAUACAACAGAAUGGAAAGUAGCGUCAAAUAACGCAUUGCCUCAUCAAGAGAAAAUUACCAUCCGUGAUUUAGCACCUGGUACAUGGUACGGCUUGAGAAUAACUGCACAUAAUGGAGCUGGUUCUACAAUGACCGAAUAUGAAGCAGCAACUCUUACUUUAGAUGGAGGAACGGUAGCACCACUUGUUAUACAAGAAAGGAACGAUUCAAAUGUUUGGGAAGAUCUGAACAUCAUUGUUCCUAUUGUGGCAGCUGUGGUAGCUCUUUCUGUCGUUAUUGGUGUUGCUGUAUGCGUGUGUGUCAAAAAGAGACACGGAAAUGACGAUUAUUACGAUAGAAGAGGGCUAAAUCCUAAUGCAGCGCCUUUAAUGGCUGGUCAAAUAAUGAAGAAAAACGUCGAAAAUUUAAACCUUCGAGAUACUUCUGUAUACCAAAGUUGUGGUCCAAAAAAUUCUUUGACGUCACCUCCUACUGGACAGGAUCUGUCUAUGACUGGGGAUCCCAAUCAUCAAUAUGACGAUGACAUAGCUCCUUACGCUACAUUCCGUCUGCCUGGAUGUGAUUCGGACACUGAAAGUUCGCAAGGGACUGUGAGGGAGCUCCAGACAUUUGGUCAGCAAUAUAGAAGGCCAAACCACGAUCCAGCUGCUCAGCUGCUAAACCACUCAAAUCUGGAAACAAAUAUAUAUCAAAAAGUUCUCGAAUAUCAGACAUAUGACGGAGUAAGUCAUCAUCCCAGUUCCUGUUUGGAACAGGAUCCUGUAUAUAAACAAUAUCGCAAAAGCAGAGAAUUAUGGACCGAACUAGAGGAAGUGAAGGGAAGAAAAAGCCGUCAAGACAUUUGUAAACGACUCAUUUGUCUCGUUGAACCGUCCCAAUACAGUUCGGAGUACGAAAGAACUCUGGAAGACCUCGCUUACAGCUAUCAGGAUUUGGAUAUGGAAGAAGAUCUGUUGGCUGGUCAUGGUGAAAUGUCAGAAGCGGAAUGCGAUUGGGAUCAUGCCCCUCACUUCCGAUAGAUCAGUCUCCUUCAUGAGAUCACUGCUGCGACGCAUAAAGCAUACCAAUCUACAUUUGUAUAUAUAUAUUAUACAUACAUUGUUACCUUUCUCUUCUGAAAAAUAAACUGUU